GUGGGCCGGGCCGAACCAGACCAGACUGAACCGAGGGGGCGAUGCGGCUGCUGCCCCUGUUGCGGACUGUCCUCUGGGUCGCGCUCCUCGGCUCCCCUCUGCAAGGGGGCUCUGGCCUCCGUCACGACUUCUACUGGAACUCCAGUAACCCCAGGCUGCUUCGAGGAGACGCCGUGGUGGAGCUGGGCCUCAACGACUACCUAGACAUCUUCUGCCCGCACUAUGAGGGUCCAGGGCCCCCUGAGGGCCCUGAGACAUUUGCUUUAUACAUGGUGGACUGGUCGGGCUAUGAGGCCUGCCAGGCACAGGGGGCAGGUGCCUUUAAGCGCUGGGAGUGCUCCCUCCCCUUCGCUCCCUUUGGCCCUGUUAAAUUCUCAGAGAAGAUUCAGCGCUUCACACCUUUCUCCCUUGGCUUCGAGUUUUUGCCUGGAGAGACCUACUACUACAUCUCGGUGCCAACUCCCGGGAGUCCUGGCCAGUGCUUGAGGCUCCAGGUGUCUGUCUGCUGCAAGGAGAGCAGAACCAGAGCCCUCCCAAGACACCCUGGAGGAGGAGCCCCUGCCACCAGAGCUGGGAGUGCCAAGCCAGACAGACAAGACGGAGGAGUGAUGGGGGAAGUCAGCUGGUCUGAGGUGACCCUUGCAGGUGCUGGCCCCCUUAUCCCAGGCUGAAGAGGAACUACAGGGAGCUGCAGACAGCCCUGGGCAUCUAACGCCAAGGCAAGAUAAACAGAGUCUUCAACAGCUGCUUUGAUGGCCUUAUCGCAUCUCCCAGGAAGACUGGAAUUUGAUGGGAUUGAAUCCUUGAGCCUGCUGGGGGCCAAGGCUGAAAACCUGGGGCAGGUGGAUUGCAGGACCAGGGCAAGGAAGCAGCACAGACCUGCCACCUGUGCCCAGUGCCCUGUGGGCCCCUUCCCUGGGACAGCACCUUUCCCUCCCAGGGGGUCACUCACUUGUCUUCUGUGAAGACAGAUACUUGCCAUGAGGCUGAAUUUCAUAUCAAUUUGUAUUUUUGUAAGUGUCUGGACCAAACCUUCAAUAAACCACCCAUCUUU